UACUCACGCUCAGUUCUUCAAGCUCAGGUUGAUCGUUACCCGAGCUCACCCUCAGAAUGUUGUCCUUGUCAAAACUGGCCGUCCUGGGCCUGGGGCUCAUCUCACAAGCUUCGGCCGUGAUCCUACAAAACGGCCAAGUCAGAGAGACCAACUUCCCCAACACCCGCCUGGACAGCUUUUCUCCCUCUUCCUACAGGACAUAUCCCGCAAACGCGAGUGAGAUCUCCUAUAAGGGGCGCUGGGACUCCAAAUAUGUCUCCUGGUGGUCAGCCCCCGGCAUCAAAUUCGGCUACACCGGCCAGACCGUCGCCAUCACCUUCGGCAACUUGACCACCGACCGCGUCCUCGUCGGCUACCGAAUCGGCGGCCUCGACUGGAUCUUCACCAACAUCACCGCGGGCGCCACCCACCUCCUUGUCUCCCCAGAGACCCCCGGCUCCUCCCUCACCGGCCCCAUCAACCCCUGGACCUUUGAACUCCGAGUCUCCAACUGGGCGUACGGCAUCCAAAUCGACUCCGUCCACGUCGCCAAAGGAGAGAAACUGAUCAAAAUCCCCGACCAUGGCCGCCGCAUCGAAGUCAUCGGCGACAGCCUCUCCGCGGGCAUGUACACCACCUACGAGGGCCUCACCAGCUGGGCCUACGGUCUUGGGGCUGGUUUAGGAAACACCGAGUACUCCGUCACCGGGUACCCGGGCAUUUGCGCCGCAGAUCAAGACUGCUGGGGCAACCCCCGAGGGCAAGUCCAUCAGUGGUUUUACACCUCCGACACCAGCUGGAGAGCCUCCCAAAUUUGGGGGGACAACCCUGAGCCAUGGAACUUUUCCAAGCAACCCGCCGCUGACAUCGUCGUGAUAAACAUCGGCACCAACGACCACAACCAACACAACAACGUCUCUACCGAGGCGUACAUCGACGCGCUGGGCAAGAUCAUCCAGGGUGUCCACGGCAAGUGGCCCAAAGCACAAGUCAUCGUCAUGUCCCUUUGGCUAGGGUUCUACCAGCAGGGGAAUACCUACCUCCCCAACGCGCCGGAGGGCUGGGUGAAAGAAAUCCAGGACUUGGUGAAGUACUUCAACUCGGACAAGUACCUCAGCCAGCCGGUGAUCUAUGACGGGGUGACGAAGAAGAGCACCAAGUUGAGGGUGAAGAGGAAGGAGAGCCCGUUUGUGCACUGGUUCAAUACCAAGGGGAUCUUGCAGCAUAAUGAUAUUGGGCCGCAGUGGCAUCCGACUGAUGUGGGGGCUAUCAAGGUUGCUAGUCACUUGCAGCAGUUUAUCAGGAUCAAGUUUGGGUGGGAGUUGGAGGCUACGGGGCCGGAGGUGUGGCAUGAGACGCUUUAUUGGAAUGAUGAGAGUGGUUAUUAGGGGGGUAGAGGUGUUCUGUUCUGUGCAUAAGGUUAGGUAUGAGAUUGCGAGAGUCGAAAUAUAUGAAAUAUAUGUUUGGGACAGCUCGCAAGAUUGAAAAGUGCCUGUAUACUGCGUUGUGUGUGUUUAGAAGCUCCUACAAACAACACAUGGCUGCUUUCUGGCUUGUUGUUGUAUGAACAGUCUCCGUAGGUACCUCACGCAAAAAAAAAAAAAAA